AUGAGACUACUUAUAACACUCUACCCUCCGAGCUUCUCGAUACGAUCUAAUCUCCCUCUCUCUCCGUCCGCAUAAUAAUAAUAAAAAGAAAAGAUGCAGUCGCCCGUAGUUAAAUUUGAUCGCAUCCUCUCCGCUCCCUCUCUCGCACCAAAACCCAAACCCUACAACCCUCGCUACCUCAAACCCUCGAUCCCCUCCUCGUCGUCCUCCUCCCUCCCCUUCUCCAAACCCUACCUCCCUAAUCCCCUCCAAUACUCCUCCCCGAUGUGGUGGCGCCGCCUCUCCCGCCCCGUAGUCUCCGCCGCGGCGGCUGUGGCGGCUUCGCAGAGCCGCCACUACGGGCUCAUUCCCAUGGUGAUUGAGCACACCUCCCGCGGCGAGCGGGCCUACGACAUCUUCUCCCGACUCCUUAAGGAGCGGAUCGUGUGUAUCAAUGGUCCCAUCUCCGACGACACCGCGUCCGUCGUGGUGGCGCAGCUGCUCUUCCUCGAGUCGGAGAAUCCGAGCAAGCCCGUGCACCUAUACAUCAACUCUCCCGGAGGUGUCGUCACUGCUGGGCUCGCCAUCUACGACACGAUCCAGUACAUUCGCUCCCCCGUGACCACGCUCUGCAUUGGCCAGGCCGCGUCCAUGGGCUCGCUCCUCCUCGCCGCGGGCGCUCCCGGCGAGCGCCGUGCCCUCCCAAACGCGCGUGUCAUGAUCCACCAGCCCUCCGGCGGCACCACGGGCCAGGCAGCCGACGUCAUCAUCCAUGCCAAGGAGAUCCUCAAGGUCCGUGACCGCCUCAAUGCCAUCUACGCCAAGCACACGCACCAGCCCAUCGACCGGAUCGAGCAGUCCAUGGAUCGCGAUAUGUUCAUGUCGCCCGAGGAGGCCAAGGAGUUCGGUCUUAUUGACGAGGUCAUCGAGCACCGCCCCAUGUCCCUCGUGACUGACGCUGUCGGCAGCGGCGGUGGCGGCGUCGAUGUCCCUCCCGGUCGGGGUGGGAGCGGCGGCGGUGGCGGGAGGCGUGAGACGGAGGAGGUCUCGGUAUGAGCCCUUGAACAUCUGUAUAAUUUAGGUUUGAUCCUAAAAUUUCUGAUCAUUUUCUUAAUUCUGAAUGUUUUUGUUGAACUAAAUUAUGGUUAUUUAUCGAAAGCCAUAAACUUGAAGUUUGUUACGUUUAUGCAGUAUGAUGAUUGCUUUUUUUCA